AUCGCUUGAGAGUCCACCCAAUAGUAAAUCAUCAAGGAGAGGCGUUCAUUUGCAUAAGAUAUCUAUAAAUACUGCACUAGCAGCAGUGGUUCGUGUUAUUCACGCUAAAUAGCAGUGGGUGUGAGUGAGUGAGUGAGUGAAGUACGUGGUAAAGCAGAAGCUGUUAAAAAUGCCUGAACCAGCAAAAUCUGCUCCCGCUCCUAAGAAAGGAUCUAAGAAAGCUGUGACUAAGGUUCAAAAAAAGGGGGAUAAGAAACGUAAGAAAAGCAGGAAAGAAAGUUAUUCUAUCUAUGUCUAUAAAGUGCUGAAACAAGUUCAUCCGGAUACUGGCAUUUCCUCGAAGGCAAUGGGUAUAAUGAACUCGUUUGUAAAUGACAUCUUCGAGCGCAUCGCUGGGGAAGCGUCUCGCCUGGCGCAUUACAACAAGCGUUCAACUAUCACUUCACGGGAGAUCCAGACGGCUGUAAGACUGCUGCUGCCGGGGGAACUAGCCAAACAUGCUGUGUCUGAGGGCACUAAGGCUGUCACCAAAUACACCAGCGCUAAGUAAAUGGCUUAUUAGCUGACCACUAAAAUCUAUAACCUAAAGGCUCUUUUAAGAGCCAUCCAUCUUUUCAAUGAAAGAGCUCUAUUGUCAUUAACAGCAUGUGUUCGCCAAAUUACAUUGGUAUUUU